AAGCUGCAAAUUUGCCAGGACAGAUUCAUCUUAAUUCGCCUCAAGUUUCAUUCAUAACAUUUAUUAUAGUCAAGAAAAUUCUUCAAGAAAAUGCAUCAGCAAUCACACCACUGAUGCUAAAUAUCUCAGUUAUAAAUAGUCUAAAGCCUCUGCAGUGUCUUAAAUGUCUGCAUUACACGCAUCAUAGUGUAGUACAGUGUUUGGCUGCAUCUUUCCUUCUAAACUCCUCAGGUAAUAAAUAAAUGAAAGGUGGAGUAAAGGCAACUGAUGUAGAGCCUGCUGCACACUGCCUGUCUGCAUGAUCUGUCCCCACCCCUUCCGUUUGGGAUGACUCUUGAGUGAAGCCUCUCCUCCUCACUUCCCAAUCCCAAAAUCUGCAGAAGAGUUGAAGAGCACCUGAAAACUGGAUGGGCAGCACCAGGAGCAAAACUGUCAGCAAGAACUGGUUUUCUUUUUCUGUUUAGAGAAAUCUCUCUGAGCAAAAGAAAGAAGCUGAAACAGGAUCCUGCACUCCAGGUUUUCAAAUGGCUCAUCCUUUUCUAUAUAAUACUGGAGAAAGGUCUCACUAUGGGUGCCUUGGACACGAAGUAGAAAUUGAGCACAUUAAGGCAUAUGUUUGUGGACCAUCUUUUUCCACGGACAAAGCUGUGAUUGUGGUUCAUGAUCUAUUUGGAUGGCGCUUCCCAGAUAUGAGAUACAUAGUGGAUUUGAUGGCAGGUCAUGGAUAUAUAACCAUCUGCCCAGACUUCUUCAAGGGGACAAAACCCUGGACAUCUACUGAUCACUGGGCUGACUUUCCUGACUGGUUGAAAAAUCAUGAUCCUAUGAAAGUAGACAAGGAAGCUGAUGUUGUCUUGAAGUAUCUAAAGGAACAAUGCGGUGCAAAGAAGAUUGGUAUCGUUGGGUUUUCCUGGGGUGGAAUGGCAGUACAUCACUUGAUGCUGAAAAACCCUCAAUUAACCGCUGGGGUGUCCCUCUAUGGAAUAAUUAGAGACUCUGAAGAAAGAUACAAUUUACUAAAUCCCACGUUUUUCAUUUUUGGUGAGAAAGACCACACUAUUUCUUUGGAUCAGAUCUUCUUAUUGGAGGACAAGCUGAAACAAUAUUGUAAAGUUCCAUAUAAAAUUAAAGUUUAUCCUGGGCAAGUUCAUGGGUUUGCACAACUGAAGCCAGAAGAUAUGAAACCUGAUGAUAAACCUUAUAUUGAAGAAGCUAGAAGGGAUAUGAUUGAUUGGAUCAAAAUGUUUGUUUGACAAUAACAGAAAGAAAUGCUAAGCUUCAAGAUCGGUGAUUGACUUAGUAUGAGAGAAGAAAACAGUCAAGGGAAAAAUGUCUCAUUUUGAAAGUUGUCAUAAACUAAAAUAGGAACAUUUUAAUUUAUAGCUUUAAAUUAUUUUUGACAAUAUUUACAGAAUAUUGUGAAAUAAAAGUCAGACUAAAGGAUAAUUAGGCAUUAAAAAGUUUUUUUAAGUUUUCUUGCUUUUUAUUUGCUUCAUUGAUGACCUUGAUAGUCAUGAUAGUGUUUAUCCAUUUUUCUUUGCUAGUGAGCAUGACUUCAUCAUGAGUUUACUGGAGCAAUUUCAGGCUUUAUUUUGGUAUGAUGAUUGGUGUUCAUAGGUGUUCACAUGGGAAGUACCCUGGGUUUGCAUACAGACAUUUUCUUUUAUUAUCUACUAAGUAUUUUUCUCAGCUGUACUGGGCAGAAUUUCCCCAUGCAUGGAACAAACACUUGGCUAUACUAAGGAGUUAGGAAGAAAUGAUGUUGUUAAGUUACACCCUCCUUGGCAAUAUUAAGAAGGGUAUUUCUAGUAUUCCUUCAUCAGCAUCAAGGAAAAACAUAAACAGUCCCUCCUGUGGAAGUAACCCAGACAUGAACACUGCAGAAACAGUGGGUUGGAUGUCGUGGGGAAAUUGGGUGAAAUUGUGCUGGUGAGGCACAGGGCUCAUGCAAUCCUGAUUAUAUUUUUUGCUUCAUAUUACAUCCUUGUUGCUCUCUCAAGUUCUUCCCCUUUAUCACCCUUAUAUCCUUCCAACAACAUAAUGUAUAAACAAAAAUAAGCAUCCCCAUGUACACUCUGCCUUUGUGAGUUUUUUGAAUUUCAUUGCCUUGGUAAUGACUUGGCAAUCAGCGUUUACUCAGAGAUUCUCUAAGGAACCCACGGCCCUUUUUAUUUUCUAGAUCUGUCAGUUUCUUACCCUGUCACCUUGUUAAUGCUGCCAUAAGUUCAGGCCAGCUAGGUACACUGAUAUGACUUUCCCUUUGAUAUCAGGCAGUCUGGCAGUUUCACACAUUAUCCCAUCAGUGUAACUAUAUGGUCACAGCAUGCUGGUUGUUCACACACCUCAACAGACCGAGGAUGUUAAACAAUACUUGCUCAAUGAGCCUCUUAAAAGGGCUUAAACUUUUUUUAUGUACUCUGAGUUAGAUGCAUGGGAGAAAUAUCAACAAGAUAUUCUCAAGAGGCCAAAAUAAAAUUUAAAAAAAAAAAAGAAACCUUCACUGGCAACUACAGAAAAUCAGAGAACUCAGAAAAUCAGAAAAUCAGGCAAAAGGCCUAGAGCAGCAUUUUGUCAAUGCAAAACAUCCCACAAAGUGUUAACCUUGUCUAUUCAACUUAUCAAACUCCAAACCCACCUAAUUUUAAAUUAUUCAAAGCUCCAGGAAGAGGGAAUUAGAAGAAGAAAGGGACAAAUACAGAAAAAUAUACAAAAGAACAAGUAUAGCUACCAUUUCUAGUUCCAGCAGUGUUCAGUCUCUCACAGUUCCAUGCCCAGCUGUAUUAAUGCCUUUAAAUAUUUGAAUCCUUAUUCAAUAUGUCAGUAGCUGGUCUUGUUUAAUUACAGAAAAGGUGUAAAUUUUGUGUGUGUGAGAUCCUGAUUUUGAUAAUUAAUCCUUCUGAUAUGAGCAGGAGUUCCUCUAGCACUGUCUUGCUUGCAAAAGAGCUGAUGUUUUGGUACCUGUUUCCUUGCACUUUCUAUUGCCCAGAGACCAGACACAGUCUGAUCCACAUGUAAUCAUUUUGUGUGGCUGUAUAAAGAAAUAUACCCACUGGGCCAUAAGAAAUUUGGACAACCUUGCCUCUUCAUGGAAUACAGCCCUGGUGGUGAAAGCACAGACUUGGGAGCAGCUGCUUUGCCUUGCCUUGCCUUGCCUUGCCUUGCCUUGCCUUGCCUUGCCUUGCCUUG